AUGUUACCGUUUCCGUAGCAACCGAGGCGCCUGUUUCUCCCGUGGAAACAGAGAAGUUGGACCAGACUGUGGAAAGAUGGAGUGUUCAGAGGCAGACAGCACCGCAGCGAGCUUCAAGGCUUUUCUGCAGAAGAGCAGCUCGAGGAGCGACCGGAACCUCUACGACCACCUGGUCCUCUUGCUGGUCAAGAUAAUGGAUGAGCGUCCACACGACGCGGUGGAUGUCCUGGAGGACAUGAGUUUGGAACUGAAGCGAGCCUUGUUCAAAGACAGGCAGAGCUCACUGCGGGAGCAUGUGACGCCCUCUGCUGGAGAUAUGCUGGCAGAGCAUCAGCUCUUGCUCUUCAAACAAGAGCAGGACUUCAACCACGAAGACCCGACUGUGGAAACCGGCUUUCCCAACGUGAACGAGACCGCCUUCUACCUGGAGCAGGCUGGAGUGGGUCUGGGUCGGGAGGAGACUCAACGGAUCCUACUGGCUUUAAAGCUCCUAGUUGAGUCGCAGGGACUCCCACGAUGCCGCUUGUGGGGUAAGAUUCUGGGAACAGAGAGCAGCUACAUCAUCGCUGAGGCAGAAUACGCUGAGGGAGAUGGAGAGCAAAGCGCUGACGAAGACCUCCAGGAAGAAGAAGAGGAGGAGGAAUCUGGCACCCAAGAAAGUGAGACAGAUCCUGUGCCGCGGUCCACCUAUACACACCCACCCAUGGUGCCAAAAGAGGCGGUAGGAACAGGAGCCAACAGGUGCUUUUACUUUGUCUGCACCGAGCCAGGCCUUCCCUGGGUGAAGCUGCCCCCCGUCAGCCCCGCCCAGAUCACUGCGGCCCGCAGCAUCUGCAAGGCCUUCACAGGUCGGCUGGACAGUCCAGUCCUGAGCUACCCGCCGUUCCCGGGAAACGAGGCCAACUACCUGAGAGCGCAGAUCGCUCGCAUCUCUGCUGGCACGCAGGUCAGCCCGUCUGGGUUCUACCAGGCUGUGGAGGAGGAGGGCGAGGAAGAGGAGGAGACGGGCCGCGACCAAUGCCAGGUCAACCCUGAGUUUGAGGGCGUGUCCUCAUUUGAAAUGGCUCAGUCCCUGUCCAGCUGGGUGCAUCACAUCCAACACAUCCUGAAGCAGGGCCGCUGUACCUGGGUGAACCCAGCCAUGAAGGUGGAGGACGACUCCAUUGAAGAAGCAGAGGCUGGUGAGAAAGACGAGAGGCCUGAUGAACCAGAACCGGAAUAUGGACCUCCUCUGCUCACUAAUCUAUCCCAGGAUGCAGAGUUGUUCCACACCCCCCCAUGGAGCUUGAGGCUGUCCUCCACCAUCACCCCCCAGCAUGCUGUGGCAGUGCUGCGAUCCAACCUGUGGCCCGGAGCCUUUGCAUUCUCCAACGGAAAGAGGUUCGAGAACAUCUAUGUGGGCUGGGGGCUGAAGUACACUGGCCAGGGCUACAGCCCGUGUGUGCCCCCACCACCACAGCAGGAGUACCCCAGUGGACCCGAGGUUACAGAGAUGGUGGAUCCAUCAGUGGAGGAGGAGGAAGAGAUGAGAAUGGCCUUGGAGGAGCAGCAGGAGGUCCAGCAGGAGUCGGAGGAGGAGGAAGAAGAUGAGGAGGAUGACAACUGAAACAGUUUUACUUUUCUAACGUAUUUAAAGCAUCAAUAAAGAGGGAAAAUAUGGAAGAAAG